AGUCAGUAGACGUGAAGUUGAUAAACUACUAAUUAACUCGCAAUAAAGGGAGAUAUCGCCACUGAUAUCUCAAACUGCCCUGAGGAAACAACCCGACUAUAUUUACCAUUGCGGUGGUAAUAGCUUUCUAUACUUCCUCAACACUUUGGACGACACACGAUGAAGUACCGGGGCGUUUGUUUGGUUCUGUUAUUCGGAUUUUUCACAUGUCCAGUCAUAAGAGCUGAGCAUCCUUGUCGAGUGGCCGGCGGAAUCAUACGCAACAAAAAAUGCUUUUGGAUUAUUCUCGAGACAUUAAACGCAAUACAGUCAGAAGAGAAAUGCAGUGAAUUUACUUCUACACCGGCCAAUAUAUACGAUAUGAACCAUUUCGACUCAGUUAUAGUCUAUGGCAGGUCAUUAAUUCCAGAAGGGUUGAAUUGGUACUUUGUGCAUCUAGGAAUGAAGUUCGAUCCGGAUAAUCAGUUAUUGAAGAACUACGACGAAUCAAACUCAAAUUUGCACGCGACUGUUUGGGUGGCAUCUGAGCCGUGGUCUUCCGCAUCUGCGCCGCGUACCAGAACGGUAAUUCAGUUUACCAAUUAUCCAACUUUCUUAUCUGAUGGCUUGAGAACGUUUUCAGGGAGUACAGGAAUUGCGAAAGGCGUUAUUUGUGAAACAAAUGAACUAGAAUGUCUUCCUCUCGAAAUAGAUGGGGAGACUCAAGAGAUGGACUGCACAGAUUUCUCCAGCACUUGCACCAUAUCUUGCAAGCCUGGAUUCAUUUAUGGCGAUGGGAGCAAAAGCCUUACGUUGACAUGCCAAGAUAGUUUGGAAUGGGAUGGAGAAGUGCCAGCAUGUCAACCCGCUAAAUGCCCAGAGCUUAACUUCGAUGGACAGCCAGGACUUAUGCAUUGCACUGGCAAUGGUUAUCUCGAUAAAUGCACGUUUGUUUGUGAAUCUCUCAAAAAAAUUAAAGGCCCGAAAACAAGGACUUGCAUGGGCGACAAAACUUGGUCUGAUAUCCAUCCAACUUGCGAAGAUGUUGUUUGCCAGGCGAUAGAUUUUCCAGCUGAUCAAGGAACUUUCGAUUGUACAGAUGGUAACAAUUAUGGAAGUUACUGCAGUUUCUACUGCAAGUCUGGGUUGCGAAGAUGGGGAGCAAAGAAAGUUGUUUGUCUUUGGAAAGGAGAAUGGUCAGAAGAACCACCUACUUGCAAAAAAUACGAUCCCAAAUGUCCUGCUGCUCACAAACACUCUUCGUGUCCUGAAACAAACUGUGCAGUCAAUGCUGAUUGCAAUGAUGAUAAGAAGAUUUGUUGUCCGACAAAAUGUGGAACUUCUGUUUGUUGGGAUUUGCCUAAACGAUCAAUUUCUAAAGAAGCCCUUUUCUUCAUUCUAUUUGGUGGAAUGAGCGGAAACCCAUGUCCUAGAAACUGUUUGGUAAACGCAUGCCAGGUUACAACAUGUCCAGCAAACCUCAAUGCACAAUGUAGAACAACAUGCAAUGGUUGUCGAGCUCACUUCUACGACUUUCGUCACGAAAUUACCAGUCAAUGCCGAUGUCCUCGUAAUUAUCCACCCGUACCAAACUGCAAUCAGCAGGAUUGUGCAAAUUAUAGAUGCGUCACAUACGGACAGCAAAUAUCUUACUACUAUGCCAGUCAAUUCAACAACCCUAACGUGCAAUGUCGUAUGAGCAGCUGUGGCGGAUGCUUGCCCCAAUUUUACAACUUGAGUGGACGAAGAAUUAAUUGCAGACAAAUACUGCAAAUUACAUCAAAUCCAGGGAUACCAGUGCCGAAUUCUCCAACAGCACGCUGACGAAAGUAGUUGAAAAACAGAAUUUGAACCUAACAACACGUUGGACGCCAAACUUAAUUCAUGAUCUCAUACUGUUGAAAUUCCAUAUAUGACAUGACCAACAGACAUUUUUUCAUAGUUAAAACAUUCAUAUAUAUAUAUAUAUAAUUCAAUGCGGGCAAUGGCUUUAACAUGCCUUAGCUAAUUUAGAAAAGUGUGUUCUUUUUUCCAAACGAUUUGGGGCGCUCGGCGUGCUAAUUCCAUAUGAGGCUAGGUACCAAACUUUAGAUUCACUCGGGAUCGCAACAAUCGAUGUAAAACGUACGUACGCAAACGGGAUGAAAAUCAUCAAACUAUUUACAAUAAAAUUUACUAAGCGUUAGUCGAUUGGUCUUAUUUUGGUAGCAUAAGAUUAUAUUGACUUCUGGAAUGAGGAAAAAAUUAACAUUGUUUAUCGUAUUGCAAACCAUGUCAAGUCAAUCAGUAUAUUUGGGAUUAUUACAAAUCCGACGUAAUAUAUUUGAGAUUGCAAUUUUUCCAAGUAAAUUCCUACAACUCAAAUUUUUACAAGGACUCUCCACAACAUGAAUUUUCACAAUGAUUUGACGCAACAUGAAUUUUCAUAAGAAUCCGUCUCGACGCAAAUUUUUAUACUAGUUUGCCACAACGCAAAUUUUCACAAGAAUUCGCCACAACGCCAAGUUUCACAAUGAUUCGGAACAAAGCGAAUUUUCACAAGGAUUCUCCACGACACGAAUUUUCACAAUAAUUCAUCUUAACACGAAUUUUCGCAAAAAUUUGCUACAACUUAAUUUUUCAA